UCUUUUUUUUUCAUUUAAUUCGAGACAUUGUUGAUUGGAAAAAAAAGAACACGCUGGUUGAUUUUUCAUUGCUUUCUCUUUUUCGCUUUCGUAGCAUCGAAUUACAUUGAAAAUUCUUUGAACAAAUUUUUUUAAAAAAAGUCAAAAAAAACAUUAUCGAUAAUGUGUGCCAUGAUACGUAAAGAAGAUAAUCAUCAUCAUCAUCAUCAUCGUGAUGAUCAAAAUCCAAUAUCAUCGGGAUCAAUAAUCAAUAAUCAACCACAACAACAACAACAACAACAAUCAUGUCAUCAAUCAAAUGAUCAUCAUCAUAAUACAUUACGUAAUCGUUUACAAAAAAUUUUUAUGCCAAAUUCACCACCAUUAUUACCAUUAUUACCAUCAUCACCGCCAAUUUUAUCAUCAACAAUAAUUAUACCAAAAACAAUUCCAUAUUUACCUGUACAGAAUUUAAAAAUGGCAAUGAACAAUUCAUCAACAACAACAUCAUCAUCAUCGGCAACAUCACCAUCAUUAAUAUCACCACGUUCAACAGCAUUGAAUCGUUUUAUUAAUGGUGGUGGUCAAUCAUCAUCAUCAUCAUCAACAACAGCAUAUACAUCAUCAUCAUCAUCAUCACCAUCAACAAAUCAAACAUCAAUCAUUCGUGAUCAUCAUCAAAUAGCUGAAGAUGAAAUGAUUUUUCCAAUGUCGGAUAUAACUGAAGAAGAUGAGGAACAUUAUCAAAGUGAUAAUAAUAACGGAAUUGUAAAUGAACAACAAUCACAGCAACAACAACAACAACAACAAACGGAUGAUAAAUAUCAACGAAAACAUCUUGAUUCAAUUGAUUCGGCUAUUGAUGAUCCAUCAAUAAAUUCAACAUCAACAUCCGGUUCAAAUAAUAGCUCUGUAAACAACAACAACAACAGCAGUAAUAAUAAUAAUAAUAAUUCGACAAAAACAAAAUCCAAACCAAUUGGUAUAAUACCGAAAAUAUCUGUAUUACCAUUUUUACGUAAACAAUCAAAUUCUGAUCAUCAUUCGGAUGAUGAAGAUUGUUCAUUAGAUGAUUCAAAUCGUUUACCUGAAACAACAACAUCGAUUGGUACAUCUUCAUCAACAUCAUCAUCAUCUUGGAGAUCUGGUUCAUCAACCGGUGCAAAAGAAUCAACAACAACAACAACAACAACUGCUACUACAAAAUCUAAAGCACAAGAAUUUAUUGGAAAAAUGAUGACAAAAGUAACAUCAUCAAGUGCACCAAAAUCUGCAUUCAAAGACAGUAAUAAUAAUCAUCAUCAAAUGCUCAAUAAUAAUAAAAUUCGUUGUACAUCACCACCAUCUACUAGCUCAAAUAAUCAAGAUUGUGGUUAUAAUAAUAAUAAUGAUCAUCAUGUUUAUCAUACUGUUCAUGGUCAUCCACAUAAUGAUAAAUCUGGAUCAUCAUCAAUAAAUUCAUCUAAUGUUGUUGCUGCCGUUCGUUUGCCUGUCAAUUAUUAUGAUGGAUUAUUUGAACAACCACAGCCAAAAUCAACAACACCAACAAAUAGCCGUACUCGAUCACAUUCGAAUGGUUUUACACAACAGAUUCGUCAUUCGGCAUUAAUAUCCGCUGGUUUAGGUGUUGGUGGACAAACAAACAAUACAACAAUGACAUCGACAUCAAAUAAAUCUAAUAAUGAUAAUAAUCAUUGUGGAUCGACUCGACGUCAAUCACAUGAUGCUACUAUGUCAUUACAUCAUCAACAACAACAACAACAGCAUAUUAAUCCUUAUACACAACAUUCAUCGAUUAAUGAUGGUGAAAAUUCUUUUUCUCCCACAUCUUCUUCAUCAACAUCAUCAACAGCAACAACAAACAAUGCAGCAUUGAUUGUGACUGGGAUUUUUUCCUCAUCGAAAUCCCAUCGUUCAUCUCUUAAUAACAGCAACAACAACCAAAAUAAUAAUAAUUCAUUUUUUGAUUCGUUUAGGCCACGUUCAAAUACGGAAGGAAGUCGAAAUAGCCGUGACAAUCAUAAUGCAAACAACAACAACAAUAAUAAUUCAAAUUCGAACGUCAAGAAAACGUCAGUGAUUGCUGUAUUCAAGAACAAUUUCCUCAAUCGACAUUCACCAUCGACAACAGUCACAUCCACAUCAACAACAACAACAACAAAUUCCGGUACAAUAAAUAUUAAUACAAAUUUAGAUAAUACAUUCGCAUCGAUUUCAACACCAUUAUCACCAACAUCACCAACAACAGCAAUAGAUUCAACAACAAUAACAAAUGUUUAUAAUAAUCAAUUAUCAUCACAGCAACAAACAAUUGUGGUCAAUAAUCAACCAACAAGAAAUAAUUGUCAAACAACAUCUAGAAUAAUUGAUCAUCAACCAUUAACAUCAUUAUCAGCAUCAUCAUCAGUACGACGACGAUCAUCAGCAUAUAGUCGUGAUUCAGGCAUUAUAUCGGCACCAAUAUCACCAAAUUCUGUUAUUGAUCCAUUUUCAGUUGAUUAUACAUUAUAUAAUGCUUGUGUACGUGCAUCGGUUGUAAAUGGUGGUGAACAAUCAUCAUUGAUUAAUAAUCAACAUCAUUGUUAUUAUUCAGAUAUUAAUAAUAAUAGUGGUAAACAUUCAUCAUUAUCAUCAUCAGCGGCAACAGCAGCAGCAGCAGCAGCAGCAUCAACAAUAACAACAGCAGCAACAAUUUCACCUGGUUCUUCAUUAAUCAAUAGGCCACGAUCACGUUCAAGUUCAGCAUCAACAAUGGCACGUGUUUUUGAUAUGUUUCGUGGUCGUUCCAAUUCGAUUGCAACUGAACAGCCACAAAAUUCUCAUAUGAAUAAUAAUAAUAGUUAUCGUAUAAGACGUAAUAAUAGACCGAAUUUUAACCAUCAAGAAUCUCUCUGUGAUCGUUUUGAAUUUGAAGAUAUCGAUGAAAAUCUGGUCUAUGUUCGUUUUUUUAAAUUUUAUCGUUGCUAUGAUAUCAUACCGGUCAGUGCCAAAUUGGUUGUAUUCGAUACACAGCUUGCUGUAAAAAAAGCAUUUUUUGCAUUGCUUAGCAAUGGAAUUCGUGCCGCACCAUUAUGGGAUGCAAGUAAACAUCGUUUUAUUGGAAUGUUAACCAUUACAGAUUUUAUACACAUUCUAUUAACAUAUUAUCAUUCACCACAAUUAAAAAUGGAAGAAUUACAGGAACAUACAUUGGAUAAUUGGCGAACAGGUCUGCUUAAAGAAAAAGCUCGACCAUUGGUAUGUGUUGAGCCUGAUGAAAGUCUUUUCAAUGCCAUACGAACAUUGUUAAGUAAUAAAGUUCAUCGUCUUCCAGUCAUUGAUCCUGAUACCGGAAAUGUCCUUUAUAUUUUAACCCAUAAAAGGAUCCUUAAAUUUUUAUUUCUUUUUUAUUAUAAUCGAUUGCCAAUGCCAUCAUAUUUGCAGAAAACGUUACGUGAGCUACCUCAAAUCGGUACAUUUGAAAAUAUUGUAACAGCAACAUUGCAAACAUCAUUGACUGAAGCAUUGAAUCUAUUGAUUGAAGCACGUAUUUCUGCAUUACCGAUCGUUGAUAAAAAGAAUAAAGUUAUCGAUGUUUAUGCUAAAUUUGAUGUGAUUCACUUGGCUGCAGAUAAAAUGUAUCAAGAUUUAGAUAUACCCAUUAAAAAAGCAUUAGAAUUUCGUCAUCAAUCGGAACGAGUUGUAAAAUGUACGAUGAAUGAAACAUUGCAUACAAUUUUUGAACGUAUCGUUCAGGCUGAGGUUCAUCGUAUAAUUGUUGUUGAUUCGGAUGAUCAUGUUAUUGGUAUCAUAUCAUUAUCGGAUUUGCUUAAUUUUCUUGUAUUACGACCGGUGAUUAAUAAACAGCAGCAACAACAACAAACAGCCAUUGCUACAAAUACUACCAAUAUGCAGCCAUCUAUGAUUUCUCAAACAGAAACGACAAUUGCAAAAUCACCGUUAGUUGAAGAAAGUGGUGAAGAAGGUACAUCAUCUGUUUGUAGCCAUUUUGAUGAUGAUGAUGAUAAUGAUAAUGUUGAAUGUGAAAAAUGUCAUCACAAAGAUAAUGAUGAUGAUUCCAAAAAAUCUACAACUGUUGUUGAUAAUUUUCAAUUGACCGUAUCAUCUGUUGGUUCUGCUCUUGGAUCAUCAUCAUCCGAUCGAUCAUCAAAUCAAUGUUCAUCAUCUUCAUCAUCUUCUUCUUCCUCUUCAUCAUCAUCCAUAUGUCCAAAUGAUGAUAAUAACAAUAAUAAUAAUAAUAAUGGUAAAGUCGAUCAAACAUCGAAAAUCUAUACACCAAUAUCAUCAAAAACAGUGGCUACAACACCAACACGUAAUGCAAAUACAACAUUGACGGCCUAAAAUAAAUCAACAAUUAUGAUUGGUUGUAGAAAAAAAAAGAAUCGUCAAUUAAAAAAAAAAUCUUUGAUUUUUACCUCAAAUUUUUUUUUUAUGUAAAUAUAUUUCAUACACAUUUAUCUUGUUAAUCUUGACAGUAGUAAUUCGUGAUGAUAAUAGUGUUUGUUUGACAAAAAAAAAAAAA